UAACUACUAUCAACACAAUAUCUGGUCACUGGGUUUAGUACAUUGAUCUACACUGCUCUUCGAGGAACAUUUAAUCAUGCAAUCCAGGAUUCCUGGCCCCUCUGCUCGGGCAGCAGCAGUCAGUGAUACCAGGUCUCUGACAGCGAUGAACAGACCAGCACAAACUUUCGGUAGUUUGAACAAACACAGCCUCCUGCAGUGCAAAUCCGGGAGUCAGAAAGAUCUAUCUGACGGUCUGUCACAGCUGCCGGUCAUGAACGGGAAUAUCCAUCUCGGCUCCACCACGAGGCACCAGCAUGUUUCAUCCGUAUCUCAAACCAGAAAUCCGCUGCCUAAUAAAAAGCAACCGACAGAGAAGUCAUCCAAACAGACUCCCAGGCAGUUUAAUCCCUCUGCCUCUCCCUCGCUAAAUGAUUGUCAGAAAGCGCUCGCCUCAGGAAAUGAAAAGGGCUUAUCUAAUGCCAACGGAGUAGUGGAGGAAUUCAAAUAUCAGAGCAAGUUCUCUAAAAACGCCAGGCACCAUCGACCUGAGAUCUCUCCCAGCAACAGGGAGCAAGACAGCUCAUCGGAAUUCGCGGAGGUUGAGUUAUGCAUUACUGAAACAAAUGGCGGAGGAUCUACGUACAGCAGCCCGCAAAUGCUGCACAAGCAGACUCGCGCUUUGAGCAAGACUCACCAGAGUAUGAAGAAGACCUCAUCGAGACUCCCGGAAGGGAGUCAGAAAGAAGAGAAGAGAGCGAGCGAGAGGAUCAGUUCGACUGCGAAGACCUAA